AUGGCAAGCAGGAAGAUCACGCGUUGCCGAGGUGCCAGGGGGCAAUUGGUGCUCUACAACCCGCGCACAGUGCCCAGCGAAGAGGCGAGCGGGUGUCUUGCAGACGUGAUGAUCUCGCAGCGAAAGGGCGAGUUCCCUCCCGUGGCGUUCAUGGUGUCUGUCCAUGAGAAGCACGCCUAUAGCAUAUCCGAGAAGGCUGAACAACUGAACAAGCGUAUGAACGACGAACUGCUCACACGCAACAACGCGAUGGAGACGCUGCAAGUCAACUUCCCGUUUCUAAGCGUUGAUGAGUGUGAUAUGCUUCUCGACCUUUUCGGAAACAUCGCCUCGAUUGCCCAAGCUGGGGCGAACAAACUUCUGGACGUGACGGUGCUGAGCUCCGCGGCAGCUCACGCGAUCGAGGAGUUCUUCAAAACUGAAUACGCUGUGGACUAG